AUGAACAAAGGUUAUUCCGGAUCAGCUUCAGCAUCAAAGAACGCUGAAAACAUCGUCCUAGUAGGCCGCACAGGGAAUGGAAAAAGUGCUACGGCGAAUAGCCUCAUUGGAAAAAGGGUGUUCGAGUCUAAACCACAUGCAUCUGGUGUUACCAUGGAAUGUCAGAUACAUGAAACGGUAACAGGAGAUGGUCACGAUAUCAAGGUGAUCGAUACUCCUGGUCUGUUUGACUUGUCAGUGUCGGCAAAGUUUAUAAGCAAACAAAUUGUUCAAUGCCUAAACCUAGCGGAAGGAGGGAUACAUGCUGUGCUCUUGGUUUUUUCUGCAAGGACUUCGAUUACAGAAGAGGAAGAAGAAACCCUUAGUACCUUGCAGGCACUCUUUGGGAGUCAAAUCCUUGAUUAUGUUAUUGUCGUUUUCACCGGCGGUGAUGUGCUGGAAGAGGAGGGUGCGACACUAGACGAGUUUUUGUCUAGAGAUUGUCCUCCCUUCAUCAAUGAAGUCAUAAGUAUGUGUGGUAACCGGAAGGUUCUUAUAGAUAACAAGACUCAUGAUGAAGGCAAGAAGGCAGAGCAAGUCCGUAGGCUUCUCUCCCUAGUAGAUGAAAUCAGAAGGAGAAACCGUGGAGGGUCAUAUACCGAUGACAUGUUCCAUAAGAUAAAGAAAGAGACCGACAGACUACAAAAGGAGCAUGAAGAGCUGGAAGAGAAGAACCAUCCUCACGAAUUGCAUCUGCAGAUGAAACAACAAUUACAUGCAUCGUAUGAAAAAAAUAUCAGUCACUUGUCAAACACGUUGGAGAAGAGGUUGAAUAAAGCUUUGGCGGGACAGGGGAAAGCAUUAACCAAGUUUGGAAAGUAUGUGCAUGUGAGUGAUGAUAAUCAGCAUCAAGGGGAUCAGCCAGUCAUUUCAAUCCCUCUUUCAGCACUCCCGCUUCCAACUCGCGGGUUUUGCAGCAUCCUGUGA